UUCGCCGGACACCGAUUUCGGGAAACGAAACGUCUCUCUCGUGGAUUCUGAUCCUCGUGAUACCGCUUUUCCGUGCGCUGGAGUCCGGGUUUCGUAACUGGAACGCACGACAUGGGUCCAAACUGGCUCUAGACCAACCUCCGCAAAUAUGAAUGUGGUCCCAACGGAGGUGUUGCUGGUGCUCGCGGGCAUCGUCGCCACCGCGACGGCAACAUCGAGCUGCCCAUGGGCGCAACAGGUGCCCGAGCUCGAGAGCUCCUGCAUCUGCGACUACAAUCUGGCCAAGGAUCUCUCGGUGCAAUGCGACAUCGUCGACUACGAGCAGCUCGUGUCCGCCAUGCAGCGUUACGCCUCCAAGAGCACCGUAGAUCUGUUUUACAUCAACAACAGUACCAUCGGAACCCUGAAGAACGGCUCAUUCGCGGCGUUCAAAGUGAACAACAUGCAACUGUCCAGUUGCCAAAUCAAGACAAUCGAGCCAGAAGCUUUCGAGGGCCAAGAGAACUCUUUGAAAAGCUUGAAUCUAAAGAACAACAACAUAUCAGAAAUCCCUAGCAACACUCUGAAGGCUCUACGGAAUUUGACUGUGUUGGACCUCUCGAUGAAUAAGAUCACGAUGGUGAACGACAACGCAUUUGUUGGCCUGAAAUUAGUCACGUUGAAGCUCAGCGAUAACGAGGUCACACUGGCGCCAGGCGCGUUUCGAACCUUGGAGAGGUCGUUGAAGAAUUUGAAUUUAAAGGGCACCAGGCAAAAGAAGGUCCCGGAAGCGCUCAGAGGUUUGAAAACGUUGGCCUUUCUCGAUUUAUCGCAAAACAGCAUACGGGAGCUUCCUGGAUCCGCGGGGACGAAGGCUUUCGAGGGGUUAGAGUCUCUGACCGGAUUGAAUCUCGAGAGGAAUCUGAUUCAGAACAUCGGACCUGAUGCUUUUUUUGGGAUCAAGCACACGCUGAGCUCGUUAAGCUUGUUGAAUAACCUCAUUCCGGACUUUCCUACUGCCGCUAUAAACAGCAUUCAGGAUCUCAGGGUACUGGACAUUGGAUUCAAUUUGAUAACGGAACUACCGGUGAACGCUUUCCAAAAGAAUCCAUCGAUAACGCUUCUGGCGAUCGACGGAAAUCCUCUGUCGACCGUUCCGGAAGAAGCUCUCGCCCGAUUAAACGGGACUCUCCGGGGUCUCAGUUUAGGGGGUCGUUUUCUGGUCUGCGAUUGCAAGCUGCAAUGGAUUGUCGACUGGAUAAAAACAAGAGACUUACAAGUUACUAGCCGGGAACGGAAACCGCAGUUUUGCGGAAGUCCGCAGAAGCUGCAGGAUAAAAGUUUUUAUAACAUCGACCCGGACGAAAUGACUUGCGACAGAACGCCGGAAAUCAUUGGAAUCGGUACGGUAGAAAGUGUGGACACUAGAGAACCGACAGGCCCUGGAGGAACAGGGACCGGUUACAGUCCACCCACUCGGCCUUCGGUCGCCGUAUCGACGGUAACAAGCUCAACAACCACGACGACCACGGAACUUACACCCUUCACCACCGAGGAGAAAAGGAUCGAAACACCUUUUACAACGACCCUGCGAUCCAUUACCAGUAGACCGACAGCGGCAAGGACGGGCAACGUAGUAAUAAUGAGGACUACCCCGACCCCACCUAAACACAUCCAGGACCAGAUGCAACAGCAUCAGCCGAGACCACCGUUGGUGCUAGGUUCGCCUCUCUACAAAGCCAAAUCAAACGAAAAAGACAUCAUAGUCAAAGAUGUACUGAGGCAGGAUAACGCCGUAGUCAUCUAUUGGGACACGGAAGCAAGCAAUAUCUUAGGUUUCAAAGUAAUUUAUCGGUUGUUCGGCGAAAACAGCUUCAAGCAAGCGCCGCCCUUGGAGGCUAGCGAAAGGGAGUUCAAGAUUAAAAAUGUUCCCUCGCAGGAAUGCAUUGUGGUUUGCGUGGUGUCGUUGGAGGAAACUAAUAUUACUCCAGCGAACGUUCCCUACAACCAAUGCAGAGAAGUAAGAACGGAAAAUUCUCCGACAUCCAAUAUGGACAAGAUUACGAUCGCAGCCAGCGCAGCCAUAUGCGCUACGAUAGUGGUCGCUGUAAUAAUAUUUAUUGUGGCAAAUCGGCGAAGAGCUAGAAAACUUCACACGCUUCACAGCAUAGACCAGACGAAAAUGGGUGGACCUAUUACCGGAUUGCCCGUAAACUGUUGCUCAAAUGUGGGACCAACGCCCAGCCCUGGUGGCCCGUUGUCCUCAAUGGCGACACUCAGUGCUUAUAAUGCUCAAAAAGAAUGGGACCAAGUGUCUGCAUACAGCAACAGAAGCAUACCACGACCAAGAAUAUUUCCUAUAGAUCGACAAGGAUCAAUAACGAGAGCCUCUUGCAUUGAUGAUGUUAGAUCUCAAACAGGACAUUAUAGUGGGAAGAUAUCAACUAGGUCUGUGGUUGACGGUCAGUCACAACACAGCUUUUCCAAUACUUCUACGAGGUACUUUACAAAUAACACUUUAUCAUCCAAUUUGGCAAAUACUAGACCAGAAUUAAGACAAUCUCGACAGUCCCUGGCAGCAGCUUCAGACAGGAUGUCACGAACAAAUUUCUCCCCGAGUCACAUGACAUCUCACACUUCGUCCAGAAGACAGAGACCGCGAUCCUGCAACCGUACUUUAGAGCAGAACCCGCCAAGACCGGGUAGCCGAUAUAGCAUUGCCGACUCAACGCAUACUCUCAACAAUUAUGAAGAGAACAAUUGGACCGAUCAUGACAUGGAUAUAUACAUGGCACGCAAUCCGACCACGAGGAAUGGUCUGAUGCCACUCUAGCGCGACGCACUGUGUGCGUAUAGUUUUGCUCAAACGUGUUCAGUGACAUUAUCUCGAGCGGUUGGACCGCUCCUACUUAACUUAAGCGCAACGUGCGACAUGACAAUUUUUAAAAAAUACAGAGUUCGCGGGAACAUCAUAGUUUAACGUUGAUUAGCCUAACAAUAGAAAUUCAAAGUUGAUGGAUAAGAUACAGUGAACUUGUAACAUUUUUCUUGCGUAUGAUGCACAUGUGAAGUGCGCAAGUGUUUUUCACAUUUCAUAGUGAUCUUCGCCUUUAUCGUUGAUACUUGACAUGGAAAGGUUUGGGAACUUGCCCAUGGAGAUCGUCGAUAGAUUAAAAUCCAUUUUAAUUUUUAGGGAGCAUAUAGAGAAGACAUAAGACAGAGCAGCAACUUGUACAUAUGUAUUUAUAAAAAUUGUUUUGUUACGAUAAAUCCAAGUGUAUCAUUUUGAAUUCGUUAAUUGGAUUGAACUACUUUCAAUCGUAGAAAACAUUUAGAACUCUUAUCGGUGUGAAUGUGCUGAAAUGAAGACCUUUAAAUACAUUUUUAAGAACUAUAUCAUUUAUUUGAUUAUCGAAUAAUAAAUGAUACGAUGCGAUUUGUUGUAACGUAUAUUUACCAUAAAUACAUACAAAGUGCAGCACGUUCUUUAAGCAAACAUUUAUCGUCUAGUUGUAAGAAUUGAAAUGGUUCUUUAUAAGUUUGCUAUAUUCUGUCCACCAACUAUACAUUAUCGCGAAUAUUACCGUGUAAUAAUCGCGUAAACGUAGCAACGCGACAAAGACGUUCUACACGUAUAGCUUUAAGAGAAUUGACGCAAAGUAUUUUAAGCUGCAUGUUAAGAACACAUAUACCAUAUGUGGUUGAAUCAAACGCUGAGAACUCGAUUAGCUCGGACACACGAUCUCUAGAAGCAAUUUUACGAAUAAGCCGUAAACGAGCCGGGAUCAAUGCGUGCAAGUGAUGGAUGUGUUCUUAUCCAAAGACUGUAUCAUAAAGACCCCGUUUAAAGAGAUCGUGUUUUUAUAUAUGUUUAAAGGAAAUGAACUGGCGUGCAAUGUAUUUCACAACAUGUGAUAUACCUUGGUAAUAAGAGAUUUCUCUUUUAUGAGCAAAAUGUUUCUGUAUAUUUUUACAUAGCACCUAUUUUAUAAGUAUGGUAUUAGAAUAAACGAUUAAAGCCGAAUGCAUAGAUCCUAUGAAACAUUGUGUACCAUGCGUUCUUAUCAA